UUUUUUCCAUUGAUUUAAUUUCAAAAUUUUGGAUCUAAGAAGGAAAAAAACAAAAACAGAAUAGAAAACAAAAAGAAGGAAUCAAUCUGAUUUCUAAAGCAAUUCGAUUCGCGGCGAUUCCCAAAUCUCUGGGAUCAAUGGCGAGAUUCGUAGUGAUUGGAUUUACGUUCUUCCUUCUACUUGGUUCGUCUUUAUCAGCGAGAUCUGAUGAAGAAACGCGGGAGCGGUUUUACGGCAACCUUGUCAACUCGACGGCGCCGGGAAACGGCGAAGGAAGUAUCGCUAAAAUGUUCGAUCGGGUUCUGGAAAAAGAGUUUUCCGAAAACGAUUCUCCUGAAGGAUCGGAUGGAGCUAGCUUUAACAGCAGUGUUGCUGAUCAACAAGCUGAAAUAGAGACUGUUGCUAAAGUAACGCAUGAGAAGGGCAAAAGGAAUGAUACACAAGAAAAUAAUGGUACGAGACCGUUUCAACUUCAAGAUGUCUUUUCCCUGGAAAAUGAAGAUUCUGAUGAUAUGACUCUUAUUGACAAAAAGAAUAAUGUUUUUGUCAUGUCAAACAAGAAAUCUAAGUAUCCGAUACUUCAAGUAGAUUUGAGACUGAUAUCAGAUUUGGUUGUCAUUAUUGUUUUUGCUGCUAUUGGUGGGAUCGUCUUCUCUUGUCUUGGACAACCGGUCAUUGUUGGAUAUCUUCUUGCGGGGUCAAUUAUUGGGCCAGGAGGACUGAAAUUCAUUAGUGAAAUGGUUCAGGUUGAAACCGUAGCUCAGUUUGGUGUUGUUUUCCUUCUUUUUGCUUUGGGCUUGGAAUUCUCAAUGACUAAGCUGAAAGUCGUUGGCCCAGUUGCUGUCCUUGGAGGGCUUCUUCAAAUUAUAUUACUCAUGUUUUUGUGUGGUGUAACUGCCUUGUUGUGUGGAGCAAGGUUGUCAGAGGGGAUUUUUGUUGGUGCCUUUUUAUCUAUGUCAUCAACUGCAGUGGUAGUGAAGUUUUUGGUAGAACGGAAUAGUACAAGUUCUCUUCAUGGUCAAGUUACAAUAGGGAUACUUAUCUUUCAGGACUGUGUUGUUGGUUUACUAUUCGCCUUGCUUCCAGUUUUGGGUGGUAACAGUGGUUUACUACAAGGAAUUAUAUCAAUGGGAAAGCUGCUCCUGAUAUUGUCCAUAUACCUAACCGUGGCAUCUUUGCUAACAUGGUCAUUUGUACCCCGCUUUCUGAAGUUAAUGAUUCAGUUGUCAUCUCAAACAAAUGAACUUUACCAAUUAGCUGCUGUGGCAUUCUGCUUGCUAUCUGCAUGGUGCAGUGACAAGCUGGGUCUUAGUCUUGAGUUGGGAUCAUUUGUGGCUGGUGUUAUGUUGUCUACGACAGAAUUUGCUCAACAUACACUAGAGCAGGUGGAACCAAUUCGUAAUUUGUUUGCCGCUCUCUUUCUAUCCAGUAUCGGGAUGCUCAUUAAUGUUCACUUUCUAUGGAACCACGUGGAUAUCCUUUUGGCGUCGGUGAUUCUAGUGAUAGUUAUUAAGACAGCAAUUGCAGCAGUAGUUGUUAAGGCUUUUAGGUACAACAUGAGGAUAUCUUUCCACGUCGGGGUAUUACUUGCUCAGAUUGGAGAAUUCGCCUUUGUGCUUCUAAGCCGAGCGUCAAACCUACACGUUAUCGAGGGGAAAAUGUAUCUCCUCCUCUUGGGCACAACAGCUCUAAGUCUGGUAACGACUCCAUUGCUGUUCAAGUUAAUACCGAGUGCAAUGAACCUCGGUGUCCUCCUUCGAUGGUUCCCUUCUGAGAACAGUUCCCAGAACGAGUUUUGUUUAUAGAAUUUGCAGGAGAAAGCAUCAUUGAUAGAAGUACAUAACAGAACCAAGUGAUGUCUCUUUUAUACAUUGACUGAAGAAGAUUUAAGAAAGGAAAACAAAUUUUGAUCUCAAACCGGAAGCUCAAAAAACAAUUUAAAACUGACCAAAUCAGAUCCAGGACUCGCUUUUUUUUCUAGUUUCUUAAAUCAUAUUCCUUUGUAAUAUGGUAUAUAUCUAUCUAGUAGUAAUCAGUACCUCUUCUUGUGUAGUUCAAGCGACUUAUAUAGCUUGUUUAUUUGGUGUAAGUUGUAAUGAUAUUAGAGCCUUGUAUGCAUGCUUUUGAAUCCAUCUCUCUUUUUUAUUAUUAUUUUUCAAAAGCGUA